CAGUCAUUGUAUGUCGGACAAACUAGUAGACGCAGUUGAAGACCAGAAUUUCUGAAUACACAUCAGAAUUGACAUCAGGAGAAAUACAGCUAUUCAUUCUGUUGUUAUUGAAUUAUCACAGAAAUGGCCCAAGAGACGUCGACAUGGCUGAACCUAUGCUUCGUGGAGAAGAUUCUGCGAAAAUCGGAAGAUGAUAACUCGAUUCAGAUGAUCGAUAUGUUUUCGAAACCAGCCACGAGUAAGGGUGACAAUUACACCAGCGACAUGAUCAGGAUUACUGUCGAAUAUUCACGCGACCAAGGCAGUUGUAGAAUUAAAGAGAAAAAGUCAAUUAUUCUUAAAAUCUUGCCUGAACAUGGAAGUGUUCGACAAAAAUUUGUUAUAAAAUCAGGUCUCUUUUACACCGAAAUGUCGAUGAUGUCAAAUACUUUGAAUAAAAUGAAUAAGUUGUUAGAGCCAAAGUAUCGCUUGAGUGGGAAGACUCUUUACGUGCAAAAUGAAGAUCCAAUGCUUCUGGCGAUCGAAGAUCUCGCGGCUCUCGGGUUUCGAAUGGCCGAUCGUUUGUCUGGUCUUGACAUAGAUCAUUCCAUACUGGCACUUCACGGACUUGCCAGGUUUCAUGCAGCUUCCGUAGCCCUAUGUGAGAAGGAACCAAAGCAAAAAGAAAUGUAUUUGAAAGGAACAUUUAACAAGCAGCAAUCAUCAGAAAUGAAAGAUAUUUUUAUUAAGUGUACUAAAGGUUUAGCAGACGAGAUUGCACACUGGUCUGAAGUAAAACAAUACUCGGAAAAAAUUGCUAAACUCUCCGAUCACAUAUAUCAAAUAGGAAUAGACGCAACCAAGCUAUGUAAGGAGGAAUUUAAUGUUAUUACUCACGGUGAUUUUCACGUGAACAAUAUGUUGUUCAGAUAUGACAAUAAUGGUAAACCUAUUGAUCAUAUUUUUAUAGACUUCCAAGUGUGCGUUUACGCAACGCCGGUACUCGAUUUAUUAUUUUUUCUCAAUACAAGUCCUUCCUUGGAUGUCAUGGAAAACAAGAAAAAUAUUCUAUUGAACGAAUAUCUUAGAACCUUGUCGGCGACUUUGAAGCAAUUGAAUUGCAAGACGCACCCGCCUACAAUGGAGGAACUGAAAGCUACCAUAAAACGAAAAGCUAACUAUGGAAUGAUAAUAUUCUUCAUCAUUUUACCGUUUAUGCUGUGCUGUAAGACUGAGGCGAAAGAUUUGGAUGAAUUAUUGAGCAGUGGUAUAAAUCCAGGUUUCAAAAGCGAGAUUUAUAGAAAGUUAAUGAUAAAAAGACUGCCACUGUAUGAUGAAUGGGGUUUAUUGGAUCUUUAAUGUACGCAUGCUU